AACAAGUUGCGUCGAAGUUGAUGAAGCGCUGAAUCGUAUCCAAUCCAUCAUCGCCAGCCGUGGUCGGUGAAAAAUGGUGAACGUUCUGGUAGUGAUCACGCUAUUUGCUGCUGUUGCUGAACGUACUCGCGCAAAUGACAUUGAAGACAAGUUGAUCACUUUCACAGUGUCUCAUUCUUUUGGCUCUGGUUCCGAUAGCAGCUACGUUAGUAGGGCAGUCCUAUCUGUUCCCCUGGCCAGGCCAUCGGAAAGUACUUUUAACCAAGCGCCACUUUCGGCGUCUGAUGCAGCCAAGCUAAGGAAACUUGCAGAGGAGAACGGCCUGUACAGGGUGCGAGUAACAAGCGAACAAAAUGACUCCCCAUUUGUUGCGUCGUCAUUUGCAAAAGCCUGUUCCCUCUACGAGUCUGAGCUGAAGGACCACUUCAUGGUGACGUUGGACCGUUCUGGUGCCCUCCUUGGGGUGUCAGACUUUGCUGGCCACCAGUGCACGGGCGCGCAUGUUCCAGACCACAAGCUUGUGAAUUUCAACACUACUCUAUCUGUAUCGAUAGUCAACAUUGCUCCUGGGCCCGACACGCAAACUUAUAUUCGACGCAUGGAGCAGGAAAAGGCAGAAAGGGCACGUGGUGAAAAUGCGGACAACCGUUCCUUUUUCGCCAAAUAUUGGAUGUACAUCAUGCCGCUCCUCAUCUUCCUGCUCAUCUCGGGUGCUUCAAAUCCAGAAGGCCAGGGAGGUGGUAAUGCCGCUCGUUGAAGAAACUGAGAUGAAUCAGAGACCCCUCCCCCUCAUUUGUAAUAUACGUUCACUUUACAAGCACAUCACUUUACGGUAGUUUUCUGUGCACCCUGCAGUAACUGAAGGCGAGCGUGUGUGUGAUUGUUGUUAAUAAAGGUUUCUGCUAUUGCACUGUUGA